CAGAGGACUCCAUAACCCGGAAGUAAGGUUUACAACGGAGUCCUAUGGAAGUGUGGCCACCAUGGAUAUAUUAUAAAACUAUGUUUUAUCCACUGCUCUCAUGGUUCGAACAGCAAUCAAUCAAAAUAAACUCUCAGAAGUUGUUCUCACUCUCUCAGCAGUAAGAUGAUAGGUGAAGACGCAAAUAUCUCUAGUUUGACAUGUGACUAUAAGUGGUUGUCUAGGAAAGGAUUUUUAUUUUACACCUCUGGGCACUUUUUGCAAAACCAAACCCCUCGAGGUCGGAGUACAACUUAAGACCCCGCAGAAGAAAGUUGGAUCACGACUUGGACGAGUUUGAAGCGAGCAUGCAACAAGUUCAAGAAGCUUUCCCAAAGCAGGGAUGGAUCCGUUCAUGGUUCUGCGUGUUUGUCACGUAUUGGCUUCACUCAGCUGGCACAGGGAGUUUCCUUUGAACUCGCUGCCUCCGGUGUUCUGCCGAUCCUUGCUACCUGCCGAGAAACGCUACUUUGUGGUUCUGCGCAUGCGCACAGUCGAUUUUCAAAGUUUGAUUGCCCUGCCCAUCAUUUCUUGCACCAUGUAUGAUGAUAUAUGGGAUGUUGAGUAUUUGAUCCUUCAAAAUACACAUAAAUACACAUAAUACACAUAAAAAAAUACACAUAAAAAAUACUCUGUCUCCAUGGUGUUUUGCUUCUUUUCCCCCUCCAGGAAAGGCCUCAGCAGAUGUCGGAGUACAAAUACCUGCUUUCUUGGGUGAAACUGUCCUCCUGCCCUGCAGCAUCCCUCCAAGUCAGGACCUCCCCACAGUGGAGUGGUCCAAGGAAGGUGUAUCUCCAAACACGGUGUUUGUCUACCGCGAUGGCUGUGAGAUGUUUGAACAAAAGAAUCCUGACUUCCGGUACAGAACAAGCCUCAUCAUGAACGAGCUGCAGAAUGGAAACCUCUCUCUGAGGGUGUCCAACCUCCAGCUGUCUGAUAAGGGGACUUACUUGUGCAAGAUCGUGCGAGGACAACAACCGGAGGUCCUUGCAAAGCUGGAACUAGACGUGGUUGCAGAUCUUGAUGAGAAGCUAGGUGCCGUGUCCGAGCCGAAGCUGACUGUGAUUCCAGAUGUCACUGGUUAUCUAACUGUCCAGUGUGGGGUGGAGGGCUGGCUCCCGGAGCCUGAAAUUACAUUUCUCGAUGACCAGGGGAACGACAUACAUGCCGAAAAGCCUGAACGAACUCCGCCCAACCUCACCAGGAAAGUGAGGAUACAGACGGCCCCCAACAGAGUGACCUGCAGAGUCCACCAGCAGUCGUUAAACCUGACCAGGGAUGCAGAGAUGUACAUUGCAGAAAACUGCGUGGGAUGGUUUGUAAAAACCAUAAUCGUCACCGUCAUAGUGACUCUGCUUGUAUCCGGACUAAUUUGCUGUCUUGUUUUAAAGAAACCGGUCUGCAAUGGGAUGGGGCAGAGAUCACCUGUGUCACAUGACUACAGUGGAUCAUGCAAGAUCCAGAUUGACGAUGUGGGAAAUGUAUCGUUGCUAGAUGAGUUUAAAACACUGAAGUCCACCCUGGAAGAUAAAGAGGAGGAAAUCCAUCGACUCAAUGCAAAACUGAACAACAAAGACAACAAAAUCCAUCAACUAGCUGCAAAACUGAAGGACAAAGACGAGGAAAUCCAUCAACUAGCUGCAAAACCAAACAACCUCAUAACCGGACAGAACAAUGUCUUCCAGAAGGAUCUGUCUGCAGAUGACACCAGAUCUUCAGUAGAUGCAAACGCAUCAGUUGAUCUAUCCUUUCAACACAAGCCAAGACCAGCUGCUGCAUCCACCGUCAGCCAGAACAACUUACCAAAAGACCAAAUACACGCCGUUCCUCGGCAGAACCCAGGUGUUUCAGGUUUGAGCUUGGACAGAACUAAUUUUCGAACUAGGAGCGUGUCCGACCCGGGUUCAAAACCUGCUCUGCGUCAACGUAGCUCUACCAUGUCACUCAUGGUCAGAAACCGCUACCAAGUUCUGGAAGAUUUAGGGGAAGAGUCCUAGGCUUCUGUAGCGACAACCAAAAUGGCACUUUAGCUUUAUGGAAAGGUUUCCUGUCACAGUAAUUCGGUUCAAUUGUACUUAAUUAAUCUCCAAAGUUUUUUUUUUGUUUUUUUCUCUUAACGACAGAAAAAAAGCACACUUUUAUUGGUUUAGUCCGUCACGAACUGAACCUAAGACGGUGUACUUCGGAUAACCGUUUUUGAUUUUAAGACUUUGUUUCAAUGAUCUGGAAGCGCACCAUCAAUUUGUCCAUGUCAGUAUGUUGCAAGGUCACCUGGAUUAUCAGCAAACCAGCAAAAUGGAAAUAAGUAUUGAAUAGGAGAUUUUCAACAAGAUCUGGGGCGGUUUCCAACUGAGUGUAAAGAAACUACAAUGAGAUUUUAGUGUCUCACAGUUCAGGGCCAUGAUCCAGAGGGAGAGUAGAAAGAAGAGUGGGAUAAGAUUGUUUAUACAAACAGCUGAAAUGAGUUUCCUCUGGAGCAGGGAUGGACAACUUCAAGCCUCGAGGGCGUUAGUCCUGCAUGUUCUCGUUGUUUCCCUGCAUCAACACACUUGAUUCAAAUGAACAGUUGGCACCAACUGUUGAUGACACAGAUACUUGUAUCAAGGUGUACUGAAGCAGGGUAGAAUCUAAAAUAUGCAGGACAGGGGGUGCCGAGGAUCAGGAUUAAGAAACACCGCAUUAAAGGCACUCUGUGCCAGUAUACCACUGCAGACCAUGUCACUAGAAAGUUUGCAUUGGCCAGUGGCAUAAGACACAAUAGGUGUGGUCCCAUGACCUUUUUACACUUCCAGGAGGUGGUUUUUCAGAUGAUUUGAUAAUCCACUUAUUUGCAAAAAUAGUAGCGGAAACGCUUUUUUGCCCAUUUCCACGUCUCUGGCAGCGCUGGAUGUGACAUAGCUGGCCACUCUAAAGUCAUCAAAAUGUAGUUUCCAGCUGUUUUCGGCCUCAUUAAUACGAUCCAGUUGUCCUGUAACACUACUUAAUCAUCACACAUUACGUAAAGGCUUUACCUCUGAAUGGUCAUCCGCUGCCUUCAUCAUCACGUUAGCAGCAAUCACAAUAACUAAAGAGGGUUCGGUCCAUAGUGGUCCCACAGCGUCCCUGGCAGGAAUUGAAUCCAGGACCUUCUAGCUGUGAGAUGAUUGCACUACCAGCUGCACCACCGUCUUACCUACCAGACUCUGGGACACAAAGCUUAAACUCGUCCCUUUUCUGAGGGCCUUUUGUAAAUAUUUGUUGCAUGUUUUAUUGCUGCUAAUUCUGGCUGCCUUAUCCUGUCUUCUACGCACUUUCUUGGGAGGGUUGUUUUUAUAUAGACAACACAUUAUUUUUAUUGUUAUCAUUGUUACCAUUACUUUUAUCAGAGAGGCAUCGAUUCUUCCUAUUUUCCUAUUGAAUCUUUUUGUUACUUUCUGGUUUUCAUUCUCCGCUGCUAUUUUCAGCAGUUUGCAAUAUUGUUUAGAAAAUUGUUAUUGUUUUAUCAUAAUCGUUAUACUGUACAAUCACAGUUCUCCUAUCGCUAGCAUUGUGGAUUUUAGUAGCUAAUUGCUGUGCUUUUCAGACUGUUUUUGAUUCACGGUGUUGUAAUCAGGAGCCUUCAGGUUGCUGUGAUGUUCCCUGAUGAAGUGAUGGAAAGUAGGAGCUGGAAACUUAAGCUGUAGCUCCACAUAUUUGGCACGCUGUUGGGAGGUUUAAUGCCUGUUGCACAAACCUUUUCUCUGUUGCCAAAAAUAGAUCUUACACUAACCACCAAUUCUGAGAAGAUUUAAUUUAAUUUAUUUUAAUUAAGCCAGACUGCCAGCCGAUUCGUGUUUUUAUUUAUCUGUGUGGCAGGACUGUGUUUUUUUUGUUCUUUUUUUAAUAUAUAUUUUAUCUAUUAUUAUUAUUAUUAUUAUUUAUUAUUAUUAUUUAUUAUUAUUAUUAUUAUAUUUAUUUAUUUUUCCCUCCCAUUUUAUCACCCAGUGCUUCUACCUAAGUCGGUCCUUGGCAUUUCACCCUCUACCAACCCUGGGAGAGCUCUCCUCCUUGACUUCAGGAGUGAGCAGGCCGCUUCUUUUCACCCACCAGGUGGGGCUUUCAUUGUCAACUGAGCCUUGCUUGAGCUUGGUCCUCGACAGCAGCACUCCUGCAUGUUUUAGUUGUUUCCCUGCAUCAACACACCUGAUUUUAUUAACGGCCGUCCCCACGGUCAUUUGUGACACCACGUGUAUUAGGGUGCGUUGAAGCAGGAAAACAUCCAAAACAUGCAGGACAGCAGCUCUUGAGGACCAGCGGUGCGUCUGAAAUGCCAUACUAAAAAGUAUACUUAAAUUCGGCACACUUUUGAGUAAAUAUCAGUAGUAUGCAUUAAUUAUUACGUACUAUUCAGAGCGCACACAGCACUUCCUGCCGUAGGGAGGAAGUGCUGUGUCACAGCAGCAGUAGCAGCUCCGCUCCGCUCUUUCCCGUUUAUUCUGGCCGAAACAAGAUGACAUUAUAUAAUAUUAUUAUAUACGAAUAUUAUAAUACUAAUGCUAUGUAAUAAUAUUAUUAUACUUAAUAUUAUACUUAUGACAUAUACGUAUCACUUAGCAACAAAACGUCGCUGCAUUGCAUUGUGGGAAGUUUAUGCUCUGCUAGUGUCCAUCAAUCCACACUAAUACAUUUCUCCAGAAUGAGUAUGGAUAGAGCAUACUAUUGAUUACAUUCUAAUGUUUCGGACGCACUAAAAAAAUCUCGCACUCAUUUUGCAUACUCAUUAGGGUGGAAGGAUGCGAUUUCGGACGCAGACCAGGAGUGAAAGCCACUGAUGUAAACUUUUUGUAAAUUAUUUGGUUAUUUGUAAAAUGUCCUUUUUUAUGUCACUUUUGCAUACAUAUUAAAGAUAUUUUACCAGAA